AUGGUUGCAAGUUACGUGUUUCCACGUGGUGCCACGUCACCGACCACUGAAGCCACACUUAUUUUAUCCUCUUCUCCAUCGUCUGCUGCCGCAAUUGAAAAAACCAAACAGCGUCAACAGGCAGCAAUGCUUGAUGCAUGGUUAGCAAUGCAUGGCGAUAAUCUUUACCCUUGUCGAGAAGAGAAAGAACGCUUGGCAAAAGACAUGUCGAUGACUUACAUACAG